AUGAAGUUUUUAUUAAUUUUAACGUGUCUCUCUUACGUCGCAGCACAAUGGGAUCCCCAUUUCUCUGACGGGCGAACUACCAUGGUUCACCUCUUCGAAUGGAAAUGGGAUGACAUUGCCGCCGAAUGCGAAAGAUUUCUCGGUCCCAAAAACUACGGAGGCGUUCAAGUAUCUCCCGUGCAAGAAAAUCGCAUCGAACCGGGUCGUCCAUGGUGGGAACGUUAUCAACCCGUAUCGUAUGGAUUGACGACGCGCAGCGGAAAUGAACAACAAUUCACCGAUAUGGUGCGUCGUUGCAGAGCUGUUGGUGUCAAUAUUUACGUCGAUAUCGUUUUUAAUCACAUGACGGCAGCUGAUGGCGCAGGAACGGGCGGAAGUAUGGCGUAUCCGAGUAAAAAAGAGUUUCCCGCAGUGCCUUAUGGACCUUUGGAUUUCAAUAGUGACUGCCAAAUCGAUUAUCAGGAUCCAGUGAAGGUUAGAAAUUGCCCGUUGCUUGGAAUGCCCGACUUGAAUCAAGGCUCGGAAUACGUGAGAGAGCGAAUUCUCGAACUUUUGAACAAAUUAAUCGACAUUGGAGUUGCUGGUUUUCGUGUUGAUGCUUCCAAACACAUGUGGCCCGGCGAUUUGGAGAAUAUUUUCAGUAGACUUCACAAUUUAAACACAAAUUUGGGCUUUCCGAGCAACGCCAAGCCUUAUAUCGUCACCGAAGUCAUCGAUUUGGGCGGCGAACCUAUUAAAAAAACGGAAUAUAAUCACUUGGGACAAGUCACAGAGUUUCGUCAUUCCGCUGAAAUUGGCAGAGCCUUCCACGGGCGCAAUAAUUUGGCUUAUAUGAAGAACUGGGGCGAAGAUUGGGGCUUCUUACCUUCACGAGACGGUCUUGUUUUCGUCGAUAAUCACGACAAUCAACGCGGACAUGGAGCAGGCGGUGCUGAUAUCCUCACGUACAAAGAACCGCGCAACUAUAAAAUGGCUCAAGCGUUCAUGUUGGCACAUCCGUAUGGCGUAACGCGUGUCAUGUCGUCAUUUUCCUUCUCAAACACAGAUGCGGGACCUCCGCAAGACUCGUACGGAAAUAUUGUCUCGCCAACCAUCAAUAAUGACGAUACUUGCGGCGGCGGAUGGGUUUGUGAACAUCGUUGGAGACAAAUUUAUAACAUGGUUCAGUUCAGAAAUGUCGUCAAAGAUACGCAGCUCGAGAAUUGGUACGACAAUGGAUUGAACCAGAUCGCAUUUUCACGCGGAAAUAAAGGUUUCGUGGCAUUUAAUUUGGAAAAUGGAGCCUUAGAUGCGAGUCUGCAAACGGGAUUGCCCGCAGGAAGUUAUUGUGAUUUGGCAUCCGGAGCAAAAGUCAAUGGAAAAUGCACAGGAAACACAAUUGUCGUUGGACCAGAUGGAAAAGCACAAAUUUAUCUGCCCGGAAAUGCGGAUGAUGGAUUUAUUGCCAUUCAUGUUGAAGCAAAAUUAUAAAAUUUUUAAAUAAAUUAAU